UAUUAAUCUAUUUUAGUUUCAUUCUAAUUUGAUAAUCUUGCACUAAACAGUGAUUUUAAAAUGCAGUUACAGGAUGCAUAAGCUCAUUAGAUUCCCCUUCAAUACACUAAUUAGAUAUUUUUUUGAGCACAACCAAAUGUUCAGUCAAAAUAAGUGGAAGCCUUAUUCUCCAUGGAUCAAAUUAAUAUCUGACAUUAAUGGGGUUCUACAUUAUUAUGGAAGCCUUAAACCCCUUGAGAUCCUUCAGGUAAGUAUAUCUUCUGCUGUUCAUAAGUCAGAGAAGCAGCUCUCUGCCUGUUGCAGCUGUUUGCAGCACCACAGAGCCAACAGCAUCCUUUCAGGUAUGUACUAUUAACCUGUCAUUUUAAUUUAGUAAAGGCAAUAUUUUAUGCACGGCUGUGUUUGAAUGUGAUUACUAAAGUAGUGUAAAUGCUGAACAAUGUAUGUGUUUACAGGACCUUGACUGAUCCAGGAAUUAAUGAACAAUGUGACUUGAUUUCUCUCCUCCUCAGAUUCUGUCAUCAGCAGUCUGUGCACUUCAACUAUGUCUUUAUUCAGACCUGCUUUAAAUGAUUCUGUCAUUAUUCAUCCUCCAGGCUUCUAUAUCUUUGGAUUUCAGACAUUUCCUUAUAUUAGUGUGUAUUUUAUCUUUCUAGUGUUUGUUUAUGCCGUUACAGUUCUGUUCAACUUUCUGGUUAUCUUUGUAAUUGUGUUUAACCACUCAUUACACACUCCUAAGUUUUUGGCUGUGGCAAACCUCGCAGUUAUUGAUGUCAUUCUGAAUACAUGCACUAUUCCCGGGAUGAUAAAGAUAUUCCUGGUUAAGGACAGCUUCAUUCCAUUUAACCUUUGUUUGCUCCAGAUGUUUGUCUAUUACACAUAUGCAUCUUUGGAGUCAUAUGCACUCGCUAUCCUUGCCUAUGACAGGUUAAUUGCUAUAUGUUUUCCUCUUCGUCAGCACUCCAUCAACACACUGCGGAGCAUGACUUGUAUCGUCUCCCUGAGUUGGUCUAUUUCUGUGGCAGUCACAGCAUUUUCAAUAAUAAUAAUGACUCGACUGUCUUUUUGCAGGUCUGUCAGAGUGUUCAGUUAUUUCUGUGACUAUGCACCGGUGUUCAGACUUGCCUGUAAUGAUUACUCGCUGCAGUGGUCUGUGGCUUCUUUGUUAAGUAUUCUGAUUCUUUUUGUACCUUUUAUUUUCAUUAUUCUGACCUACAUCACCAUCCUGCUGACUGUCUUCUCUAUGAAAUCACUGGAUAGUCGCGCAAAAGCUCUCACCACAUGUGUUGAACAUCUAAUACUUGUUGCUAUAUUUUACCUACCACUGUUAAUCAUUUUCAUGAUCGGGUUUUACCAGAAAGUCAUUGAACCUGACCAACGUGUACUGAGUUUGUCAGUGGCCUCAUGCAUCCCACCCUGUGUUAAUCCUAUUAUUUACUCAUUACAAACUAAAGAGAUCAAAUGCAGGGUCCUGGCUUUAGUACGAAAAACAAAAAUUGACAUCCACUAACCUGUUAGAAAUAUUUUGAGGGUAAAUAAAAUGUGUCAGUGACUUUAUAGAAUGUGCAGUGUUUGAAAGUGCAUGGUACUCCAGAACAUACAUAGAAUUCAAUAGGAUUUUAAUCAACACUAAUCCUCACAAUAGCAACUUAUUUUUAAGUUUUUGGAGGAAAUGUCCUGUGUCUUUUUUAAAUAUAACAUACAG